UACGUUUUGUCCCAGAUUUUGUCUGAGGAAGUGGAGGCAGAACUUAAGGAGGCAGCUGUAAUAUCUAUGGGAACUGAAAUCGGUGAUCUUGAUUUGGCAAAUAUUAGGGAACUCUGUGACCAGGUUUUGGCUCUUUCGGAAUACAGGGCACAACUAUAUGAUUAUCUAAAGAGCAGGAUGAACACCAUUGCACCCAAUUUGACUGCGAUGGUUGGGGAGCUUGUUGGUGCUCGUCUCAUUGCCCAUGGUGGUAGCUUAUUAAAUCUUGCAAAGCAGCCUGGUAGCACUGUGCAGAUUCUUGGUGCUGAGAAGGCUCUCUUCAGGGCACUGAAAACUAAGCAUGCUACUCCCAAGUAUGGUCUUAUAUACCAUGCAUCUUUGAUUGGUCAGGCAGCUGCAAAGUUCAAGGGGAAAAUUUCUCGGUCACUUGCUGCAAAGACAGCAUUGGCUAUUAGGUGUGACGCACUUGGAGAUGGCCAAGACAACACCAUGGGAUUGGAGAACAGAGCCAAGCUUGAGGCGCGAUUGAGGAACCUUGAAGGCAAAGAGUUGGGUCGUUUUGCCGGUUCUGCUAAGGGAAAACCUAAGAUAGAAGCAUAUGACAAGGACAGAAAGAAAGGAGCGGGAGGACUGAUCACCCCGGCUAAGACAUAUAAUGCUUCGGCUGAUUCAAUUAUCGGACAAAUUGUCGAUUCCGCCAUGGAUGAGGAUAAACAAGAGGCUUCUGUUGCUGAUAAAAAGAAAGAAAAGAAGGAAAAGAAGAAAAAGAAGGGGAAAAAUGAAGAGGAACCAACUGUUCAAGCUGAUGUUGCUGAGGAGCCAGAACCCGAAGUUGAGAAGAAAGAAAAGAAGAAGAAAAGGAAGGAGGCUAGUGAGAGUACUGAGUUGCAGAAUGGGAAUGGAGACAUGAAUGCAGGAGAGAAGAAGAAAAAACGGAAAAAGCAUGCAGAGCAAGAAGAAUCUCCUGAAAUGCCAAGCAAGAAGAAAGGAAAAAAAAAGAAAACUGAAAACUAAAGUUUAAUAGCGGUGUAGUCAUCUACUAAUCUGGUGAAUGACAACCAUUUUUGUAUACUUCUGGCAGGUCGGUAGUUUGUUCGGUAAAAUUUUUGUUUUCAUUUUUAUGCAACUUGUAGCCUUAUAUACAUCCUUAUUAUUUUUUAAUGGGAUACAUUCCUUCUUUC